AUGAACGAUGGAUGCUAAUAAAAACCAGAGUAUUCAAGUUUUGAUGUUCCCAUGGUUAGCUUAUGGUCAUAUAACACCUUACCUAGAGUUAGCCAAGAAACUUACAAGUAGAGGUUUCAACAUAUCCUUGUGUUCCACCCCAGCCACACUCUGUUGCGUCGACAAAAAGAUCACCAAUAAGCUGUCCCAGUCCAUAAAGCUAGUGCCCCUUUUCUUGCCACCUUUACCCGGCCUCCCCCCUGAGCUUCACACCACAAAUGGCCUCCCACCCCACGUCAUGCCUAGCCUCAAAGAGGCCUUCGACUUGUCGAUCAACGACUUCUCCAAUAUACUCAAACAACUCAAGCCUCAUAUGCUUAUCUAUGACUUCCUCCAGCCAUGGGCUCCUGUGGUUGCCAAAGAGCAAAAGAUCCCUGCAGUUGAGUUCGUUACUAGUAGUUCUACUAUGAGUUCGUUCAUGUUUCACUAUUUCAGGAAGCCCUGGAUUGAGUUUCCUUUUCCGAAUAUUUAUUUUCGUGAUUAUGAGUAUAGCAACAUGAAGAAGUUGUUAAGGUGUGCUUCGGAUCCGAGGGAGAGAGAUAAGGCUUCUGAGGGAGUUGAGAGGUCUUGCAAGAUCGUGUUGAUCAAAGGGUUUAGGGAUAUUGAGGGUAAGUACAUUGAUUAUGUUACUAGUUUAGUUGGCAAGAAGUUUGUCCCGGUGGGUCCAUUAGUUCAAGAACCUAGCCCUGAUGAAAAAGAUGAUGAAAGUUUGUGUACUUUCUCAUGGCUUGACAUGAAAGAGAGGAAAUCCACGGUUUUUGUUUCAUUUGGGAGUGAAUAUUUUCUCACUAAGGAAGAUAUUGAUGAGAUUGCCUAUGGGCUUGAGCUUAGCAAGAUUAACUUCAUAUGGGUUCUGAGGUUCCCCAAAGGUGCAAAUGGGCACAAUGGAUUGUUGGGAAAAACAUUGCCAAGAGGAGUUCUUGAGAGGGUUGGAGAUAGAGGUAAAAUCUUGGAGGGGUGGGCUCCACAGACAAAGAUCCUGGGACAUGAAAGCAUUGGAGGUUUUGUGAGCCAUUGUGGUUGGAAUUCUGUGAUAGAGAGUAUGAACUUUGGGGUCCCAAUUAUAGCAGUUCCAAUGCACCUUGACCAGCCCAUCAAUGCUAGGCUUGUGGAAGAAGUUGGAGUCGGAGUGGAGGUUGUGAGGGACAGAAACAAGAGGCUCAGUAGAGGAAGAUUGGCUGCAGUUAUCAAACAGGUGGUGAUGGAAGACUGUGGAGAAGUUGUGAGGCAAAGGGCUGCUGAAAUGAGGGAGAAGCUCAAGUCCAAGGGAGAUCAAGAGAUUGAUGAAGUGGUCAAAGAACUAGUUAUAGUCUGCAACAACAGUUGAUUCUAUUAAUAGCUUCAAUUUAGGGUGACAGUCUUUUUUUUUUGGCUGAUUGGUCUGUGCCCUUUUUCAUAGUUUUUGGAUAUGUGCCUUUUCUUGUGAGAGCACUGUCAAUUUCAUGCAG